GCGUCAAUGCUCAGGCCAAUUGCCUCACGGAUAUCACACUCUUUCUCUCGCGACUUUCGUCGUUUCUUAGCUUCAAGAGCUUACACCGACCCUUCCAACUCCAACAGUCCAGCAGUCACAACCACUCCUACAAAUAUCACAGUCAAACAACGUAAUGAACUCGAUAGCGCUCUUCGUAUCGACCAGGCAGGUGAAAUAGCGGCGAAUGCUAUUUAUCAUGGGCAGCACUUCAUCCUCGGAAGGGAUCCUGUAGCUGGACCAUUGAUCAAGGAAAUGUGGGAACAAGAGAAGAAACAUAUCGAGGUCAUGGACAAGCUUCAAGUACAGCACAAUAUACGUCCGACCAUCCUUACGCCAAUUGCGAGAGUGGCUGGGUUUGGACUAGGUGCUGUUACGGCCCUCAUGGGCAAGGAGGCUGCUAUGGCAUGCACAGAGGCGGUUGAAACUGUAAUUGGGGAACACUAUAAUGAUCAGCUGAAGGAAAUGGAAUCAUUGCCUUCUGACAAUCCGAGUGUUCCGCUGUUGAGAGAAGUAGUGGAAGAAUUCCGUGACGAUGAGUUGGAACAUCUUGAGAUAGCAGUGGUAAAUCAUGCACAGAGAGCGCCGGCCCAUGCUCUCUUAAGUAGUUUCAUAGGUGCAGGAUGUAAAAUAGCCAUCGAACUUUGUAGAAGAGUUUGA